AUGGCAACACCUCGCCGGAAUGGACAGCUUUCAUCAUGCGAGCCUUGCCGAAAGUCCAAAUUACGAUGUGACCACCGAAGUCCCGUCUGCGGUCGGUGCCUGAACGGCCGGGCCGAGCGAUGCUUCUAUCAUCCUUCUCCACUAACCCAGCCCCGUACCCCCAGGGUGAUCUCGCGGAGACCAAAGAGGCAACGCGCGGACAAUCAGCUGGUUUUCCGUGUCGAUCAGAGAAUCUCCAGCACAGCCGCGCCAAGCCCGUCAGAGUUACCAGUCGCAGACGUAAAUUCGUUAUGCGACCAACAUAUCGCACGAUGGACUGCGCAGGAGAAGCGAACUCUGAGACCGGGUGCUCUAGGGUUGGUCUCUCCCAAAGAUCUUUUCAGUGAGUAUGAAGAUAGCCUGCCUGUCGAGGAACCGGGCCGCCUACUAGGAUCGACAGUAGCAACUACUGCAUGUCCACCUAGCGAUUCGAACCAAGUGUUGUUAGGAGCUCAAAUCCUAUCACACUUACAGAAGAUUCGUUGGUUCUAUGAAAUUAUUGAAUCGAAGGACAAGUUAGCUCCAGGAUGGGUUUUAGGUCCGCCUUUGACUCGCGCGUUGUGCCAUUCCAUUGAACAAAUUUAUGAUUCUGCAGUUCGCGGCUCCCAGGAUACGCAUGCGUCGCUAUUCAGCCUGUCCCGUCAAAUAUUCGCCAACACAUCCGCGGAUAUUCGGACAACUUCAACAAUGUAUUUGUCAGAGUAUUUCGAUUCGAUAGCGGCGAGAUGGGAAACAAUCGGGCUUGUUUUCGUCUUGUUAGGGACAGCAUUAUUCCAUAUCCCUGACGAUGACCCGAUCUUUACACAUCGAAACCCAUGGAAGCUUGAAAAAAGCCAGCUCAGAAGCAUUGCCAUCACCGUUAGCGAAACUUGCUGGCAGUUUUGUAAUGGCACCGGAACAGCGAGCGACGCUUUUUGCUGGCUUACGACCCAACAACUAUGUCUUUUGACUAUGAUGGUUGGCUAUAGUGACUACCGGGUCUGGCAAAAGCUAGGAGACCUAUCAACCAUUAUCUACGGAUUCGGGUUGCAUCAAGCUGGGGGGAAUGCCGAGCAAAGCGUUCCAUUCUUCCUGGUUGAAUUACGAAAACGUGUCAUGGCGUGUGCUAUCCCACUCCCCCUGGACAUCACUUACGAUGCGAUGGUCGGCCCCCAAAGAGAGGGAGAGAAUGGAUUCCUCGAUGCAAACGGUUGGAACACCGAAGGAAUUCUGACUGUCGGCGCUAGGCUUCGCGUCGCGCUACUAACGAGCUUGUUGCGUGAAAGUAUCCUUGAAUUAUCUUUGAGCCCCAAUACAAAGGACAUUCCAGUCAGAGUUGAAAAGUUGAUUCAGGAAUCUCGCCAGACGCAACAAGAUCUUCCCUCAUUUAUGCAUUGGUCUCCUGAACAGGCUGCAGCGGGCGUUUACAAUUCUCCGCGAGACGAGGGCCGCGCAUUCGCACACACAGAAUUUAUGUACCAGGAGUUUUUGUUGCAUCGAAUCUUACUAAAGCGCGUUGGGAUAGCUUCACAAGGUCUCAUUGAAAGCUCCCUUGAUAUUAUCACCACACUGGUGGAUACUACUAUCGCCAUACAGACCAGAGCAUAUAAAUCGACAGUGGAAAUUUCGUGGGAUAUGUGCUAUAUUGGUCUUCCUGCUGCAGGCAUUCUGACUUCAAAACUCCUCUCGGAACACCGACCUCAGAUAACGUCUCCAUUUCGAGAACCGCUAGCCGCAAACAUUCGCAAGCUUAUUAUCCAAAAGCUCGGCGCUUUUGUUUCCCAUUUGACCUUCCAGGUGCAGCCGUACCAAGGAAAUUAUCAGAUUGUUCAACAAGGAGCGACAUAUAUUCGUUGGGUUCUCGACAAGAUCAAUGCCCCUAAAUGUCCUCGACCCGCUCCAUUGACAUCAGAUAAUGAUCUGCCUGAAAACUGGCUGGACGAUUGUGAUUCGGAGGGUAAUCCGGAUUUCAUGGCAUGGUUUGACAACAUUCAGUGGUCUCAGGACUCCCUUUUAAAUUUCACCUAG